AUGCCUUCAGCAGAGCAACGCAAGACAGUGGGCCAGCUCUUUGCAGUUGGUUUCCACGGGACAGAAAUCAAUAAAGAAAUCAAAUCUCUCAUCCAGGACUAUGGUGUCGGCGCCAUUGUUCUCUUCAAGCGAAACAUUCGAGAUGCUGAACAGUUUCAGUCUCUCUGUCUCGGUCUUCAACAGCUAGCUAGGGAUGCUGGCCACGCACAGCCUCUUUUUGUCGGAAUUGACCAAGAAAAUGGUCUUGUUACUCGUAUUUCCCCUCCUGUCGCGGCACAACUUCCGGGACCAAUGACCCUCGGGGCAGCCGGAUCAUUGGACAAGACGUUCGAGGUUGCCAAAGCGACGGGCGAGACUCUGCGAUACUUUGGCAUCAACAUGAACUACGCCCCCGUGGGAGACGUCAACAAUGAACCAUUGAACCCGGUCAUCGGUGUGCGAAGCCCCGGUGACGAUCCCGAAAAGGUUGCUCAGUUUGCUGUUGAGUGCGCCAAGGGUCUUCGGGAGACGCGAGUCGCACCUUGCAUCAAGCAUUUCCCUGGGCAUGGCGACACCGCCACGGAUUCUCACUACGGCUUACCUGUUAUUAACAAGACUAGGGAAGAGCUCGAAAAGACAGAGUUGGUCCCGUUCCGUCGUGCGGCCGCAGAAGGCAUUGAAAUGGUCAUGACUGCACACAUUUCUCUGCCCAAGCUCGGUGGUUCAGAUCUACCCGCCACGCUAUCUCCCGAGACCAUCAAGAUUUUGCGCGAGGAUUUGAAGUUCGAGGGAGUUGUCAUGACAGAUUGCUUGGAAAUGGAGGGCGUCCGGGCUGGAUACGGAACAGUGGAAGGAUCACUCUUGGCAUUCAAAGCCGGGGUCGACAAUGUCAUGAUAUGCCACACUUACGAUUUGCAAGCUGCUUCCAUCGACCGCGUCUGCCAGGCCAUUGAUGCUGGAGAGUUGCCUCAAGCACAAGUUGAUGCCUCUCUCAAACGUCUACGGGACCUCAAGGACAAGUACACGAACUGGGAGAUGGCCUUGGAGCGGCAGUCCCCGGCCACCCUCGCCAGCCUUAACAGCAAGAAUGAAGCCCUGGCUCAUAAUAUCUACGCAAGUGCCACGACCGUCGUUCGAUCCGAAUCUGGCGUACUGCCACUAUCCAAGACUGCCAGCACAGUGUUUGUGUCCCCAGGCGUCAACGUUCCCACCAGCGGUGCGGCAUUCAGCGGUGAAGAAGAGAUGCAAAAAACGCGUGUUCCCUGGGUGUCGGGAGCUUUCGGCGAUACUCUUCGCAAGCACAGCCCUGGCGUUGUCGACGUUCGCUUCACAGACUCUACCUUGACGCUGGAGCAGUGGAAGCAAGUUGAGGACGCGCAAGUCGUCAUUCUUGCUACCAGAAAUGCCAGGGAAUCGCAGUACCAGAGGGAUCUGGGGCUGGAGAUUGCCAAGAGGCGGACUGGCAAGGUGCUCAUAUCCGUGGCCACGUGCAAUCCUUAUGAUUUCAUCGAUGAUGAGGCCGAGGUGAAGAACUUUAUUGCUGUUUAUGAACCUACGUUGGAGGCAUUUGCCUCGGCGGCCGAUAUAAUCUAUGGUGCGGUUGUGGCCGAGGGCAAGUUGCCCAUUGCCCAUUAG